CAAACAAGAGAUUGAAAAUUUCUGGAGCAAGAGAGAGAGAUGGAGGUGAAGAAAGCAGGGGCGUCGUUGGAUUCGGUGAUCUCAGGGUUCAACCGUCGGAUCGCGGAGCUUCAAGAUCUCGUUAUUGCGCGAAACAUGUAUCCGGCGAGCAGCGUCACCGAUUUGUCGGCCGUUGACGCCGCAGUGAAGGCCAUGGAGCUUCAGGUUCAGGCCAUCAAGGACCGCCUACGCGACGAAACCCUAGCCAUCGCCAAAGCCAAAAAACUCAUCGAUGCGGCGGUGAAGCAGCAAAAGAAAUUGCAGGACCUGUCAAUUUAUGUGCCCUCACAUAUUCCUGAAAGAAUGUCUAUGUUGGGUUUGGAUACUAAUAGAUGUUUAUUCCCAGAAGGCUCUCAACAAAACACCGGUUUCGGGUCGUUGAAGCUAGAGGAGGUGCCUGCAGCACUACCUAAGGAGAAAAAGGGUCGUUCCACUCCACCACUGUGGUUCAUAACUGCUGAAGAGCUGGAUUCCCUGUCAGGGUACAUGAGAGGAAGGCUUACUGUAGAAAAGAUUAAUGCAGCUAUUAAUGACAUGGCAACAUAUGCUGAAGCAAAUUCUCAGCUUAUAUCUGCCCCAAAGAAGAGGGUGGCAGGCGAUAGUUGGGAAAAGGCCCUGGUAAGUGAAGUUAUAGGCUUUCAAUUUUCUGGGGUUCCAUUGGUGGCCAAUUGGGCCCAUGGGUUACAAAGUUUUAGAUAGUUCUCUCUCAUCAUAUAAGCCUCUCUAUCCUUGGAGGUGGGAAUUGAUCCCAGGUUAAAAGGGCAUGCUUACUUCACUUUUCUCAGGAUUGAAGGCAGGCCACCUCAUAUUGUGUUGCUUACUGUGCACUCUUUGAAAUACAUGUAAAAAAGAAUUAGAGAGAAAUAGCAAUAUCCCUUCCUCUGUUCCGUUCCAACACCAUU